GCAAUUAAUCAGGACAGGCAAACAAUCCCAUUUUGGCAAAUCGCUUCAAAGUUGGAAUUCUGAAUUCUGAAUUCUGAUUAGUACUUUUGACCCUGAAUUCAUAGUUUUUUCAGCAAAUAUAAGGAGGUGAAUCUGUUGGAUGUCUAUGAACGAUUGCUGUAAAGAUGGAAGCGGUACCUAACAGAUCGGAGUUGAGGAAGGAGCAGGAACGGGAACGGCGUCGAUUGCGCGAUAGGCAGAGAAGGCAGUCUAUGAGUCUUGAGGAGAGGGAAAAACAUCUCGCUAGACGCCGAAGAAACUAUCAGCUCCGGAGACAGAGAGCUCAGACUGCUCUGUCGAAUCCUCAAACUCAAUUUUCACAAACAAGCAUAGGUACCGGAGAUGAAGAUGGAAUGCAUGCUAGCAACCAUCUUCAGCUGGAAACUUCGGUUUUGGAUUUUAGAUCCACCGAGUCCAACGAUGUUGCUCUCGGUGGAUCUGAUGGGCAAGAGAGACUUAUCGCUGACAGCAGAAAGGCCGAGAUUUUGGAAAUUCCGGCUGAUAAGUUGGCUAUAAUACCUGGAAAGCUACGUUUAAACCGGAUAAAACAGCUUGCACGAGUGAUACAUGGUGGUAAUUCAAGUAAUGGAGUCGUGGCAGGAGUGGUGAUGGAUGGAAAUGCAACUCCCAAUUGUAAAUCAGUAAAAGGGUUGCGAUUAAACCGCAUCAAACGUCUUGCUCGAGCAAUAAAUCCUGCUGGGACAGAGAACACUGCUGAAAGGCAUCAAAGCGUAAGAGAAGGGUGAACAUCUCUGAUGGGCUACCAAAGACAGGCAACAACGUUAGUCAGCCAUAAACCAUAUACAAGGGUGAAAAUUCACUUGUCUCCUCCCUGGAGUCUUCCAAACAAAAACAUUGUCGUUUUCAGAUUUAUAAGAUUGCAAGUUGGAGAAAAAGGAUGAUUGCAACUGCAGGGGCACAGAAGCAUUAAUGCAAAAAAAUUGCCAGGGAGGAUUCAUUAACGGUGAUGGACAUAACCAUCCACUGGAAUUUGAUUUUUACCACUUUAGGAGGGUUGAAGAGAAAUUGAACAAAACCAAACAAGCACACUUGAUGUGUUGGUUCUUCCUAAAUUUUAUUUUAUUUUCUUUUUCUAGCAAUAAGAUUUUGUAUAUUGAUUUAAAUUUCUUUAUUUAUUAACUGUUUGUCCAUAUCUCAUUUUUCUCAUUUUCAUUUUAUUAGUGCAACAUAGCUUAAUGAGAAGAAGCUAUGUGGCUGGUACCAUUUGAAAGAAGUAAAGCUUUCUUACAUGG